AUGGAGGUAUUUUAGAUACAGUUGGUUGGAGAAUACUUGCUUAAAAAACUUUUCAACUUCAGAUAGUAUGAAAAAGAAAUUAUCUAUUAAGUUUCAAAUGAAAGAUAUAUCGAAAUAGGUAUUGUUGAUAUUGGAUCUAUGUUUACAGAUGCUUACAAGUCAUAAAAUAUAGUGAUAAAAUCUAAAUUAAUCAGAUAGUUUGAUUCAUUAGAGCAAUUGAUAGUAUAAAUACUAUAUUAAGCAUUAGAAAAGGCAUUGA